AUGUCCCGUGCCCCGCCAUGUCCCGUGCCCCGCCUGUCCCGUGCCCCGCCUGUCCCGUGCCCCGCCAUGUCCCGUGCCCCGCCUUGUCCCGUGCCCCGCCAUGUCCCGUGCCCCGCCAUGUCCCGUGCCCCGCCAUGUCCCGUGCCCCGCCAUGUCCCGUGCCCCGCCAUGUCCCGUGCCCCGCCAUGUCCCGUGACCCGCCAUGUCCCGUGCCCCGCCAUGUCCCGUGCCCGCCAUGUCCCGUGCCCCGCCAUGUCCCGUGACCCGCCAUGUCCCGUGCCCCGCCAUGUCCCGUGA